AUGUCUGCGUUCAAGGGAAACAGUGGGGAGUCUGCGCGAGUCACGAACACGGUUCCAGGAGUGGCACACCCUUUGGCUCAAGAGCCCUCGGAGAUAGCAUCCAACAUCAACUACCAUGCACGGUAUAGUCCUUGUUUCUCCCCUGUCAAGUUUGAGCUGGAGCAAGCCUACUAUGCCACUGCGCAUAGUGUUCGUGACCUUCUGAUACAAGUAAGUUCCGUUGCGACUGGCCUGUUCCAUGUUCAUCGUGACGAGCCAUAAUGAUUCUACGAUGCCACUCUUAUCCUCGACUAGAAACAUGCGAUGCUACUCUCAUGUUACAAAUUAAUGACUUCCUUAUGGUUAAUCCUGUAUGGUAUGUGGGAUUCGUCACUUUUGCAGCGAUGGAACGACACGUAUUUCCACUUUCAUAAAGUUGAUCCAAAGCAGACUUACUACCUUUCAAUGGAAUUUCUGCAAGGCCGAGCUUUGACCAAUGCAGUUGGAAACCUGCGUCUCCUUGAUUCGUAUGCUGAUGCUCUGAAGAAACUAGGCUAUGAACUUGAAGACAUAGCUGAGCAAGUAUGUGAUUCUUCUUUUACGCAUACGCAGUCUUUUUGUGAAGAUUUGAUCUUGUAUUCUAUUUCUUUCUCUAGAGCUUAGGCUCCGUCUUCAUCCGGUGUUUUUUUUGUUUUUUAUUCAUUUUAGUUUUUUCAUACAUUGAUUUUAAAAUUUUAUCUUGGUACCUACGCAUGGAUGUUCUUAUUUUACAUCUCUGUCACUCAAUGUCAUUGCCAACUGAUAUCUGUCGGAACUCUGUCACCAUUAGCAGGUAUUUGACCUAUUCUCACAAAUAGGAAUUUUGUGUAAAAAAUGUUUUGGUGGAAUCAGACUGCCGACCAGAAAUAAAAGUACCCUUUUGUGAUUUUGUUUCCUUGUUCUGAUUGGGUUCCACCUUGAUCGAUGGAUGCUUUUGUCCCAUGUACGUCCAGUGCAUGUCUUUGUUGACGGAUCAGAAAAUUUUCGUCCCUCAAAUACUCUUAGUCAUGGUUUGAUCGCUCGAUUAUUAUGAUUUUCAAUUAGUACUAUUACUAUUUAUGCUCAUAUGAGGCAUUCGUUAUGCUAGAUCGUGAUUAACAUUUCCACCCACCUUCUCACUGUUUGUUGAGGUAUCCCGUAUGAAUGUCUAAUAGAAACAUGGAUCUGCUAUUUACAAAAAUGGUAAAUCAUGUUGUUGAACUUGAACUAGGGAAAAAUCUUUGCAGGAGAAAGAUGCUGCUCUGGGAAAUGGAGGCUUAGGAAGGCUUGCGUCAUGCUUUCUGGAUUCAAUGGCAACAUUAAAUCUACCUGCUUGGGGCUAUGGUCUGCGGUACAGAUAUGGCUUAUUCAAACAACGCAUUUCUUGGGAGGGACAAGAAGAAGUUGCCGAAGACUGGCUCGAGGUUAAAUUUAACAGUUUUAUUUCUUCGAUAAUUCCAAUUAAAAUUUCCAUUCUAUUAUUUAUAUUUUUUUAUUCGAUUCGAUACAAGAAAAGGAAUUUAUCUUCGGUUUUGAUGGUUCAUUUUCAGAGGUUCAAUCCAUGGGAGAUUGUCAGGCACGACGUUGCAUUUCCAGUCAGAUUCUUUGGCCAUGUGGAGGUCUCUCCUAGUGGAUCGUAAGUAUCUCCCAGCAGAACUUGUAUCUGUCUCUCUGUCUAUCUGUUACAUUGGAAAAAUUCUAAAUUGUUUCUUAUAAUUGAUAGAGAUAUGUGUGCUAAACAUUAUCCUUCUCGUCCCCUGCCUGGCAUCUAUUUUAGCUUUUGAAUACCAUUUUCAGAUUAUCUCGUACAAGCAGAUGAAAAGGGACUAGAGUUAUCAGAUUUCCGUUUUUUAUGUAUUUUUGUAUUAAAGUAAGCAAGAGGAAUAAAUAUUGGAACAUUAUUAUACCUUCAUUCCUGUUAGAAAUUCUGUCUGAUAAUGAGAGUUGAUUGUCAAAGGGCAGUAUUUUUUGUGCUCGUUCUAUGAACAUGUCAUUAUCUGUCUUGUUUUGGAAUUAUGUUUUGUGAAAGUAAUUAUAGAGUAGCUCUUUGUUUACGUUAUACAUUCAGAAUAAUAUUUCUUAUUUUUAUUUUUACAGAUGUGCUAGAAACGUUUGCGAUUUUUUUUUCUAAUCUUUACUCCUUUGGACAGCCGGAAGUGGGUUGGUGGUGAAGUUAUCCAAGCAUUGGCUUACGAUGUCCCCAUUCCAGGGUACAAAACAAAAAAUACAAUUAGUCUUCGCCUCUGGGAAGCAACAGCUGGUUCUGAGAAGUUUAAUCUGUUUCAGUUUAAUGAUGGACAGUAUGAAUCUGCUGCACAACUUCAUCAUAGAGCUCAAGAGGUUUGACCUCUGACAUUCCAUUCAUAAAGAAGCUGUCUUGAGCGUCAAAGUCAGACAUAUGCUCCCAAUAGGAGAAUUUUCUUUGCUUUUCUCAAUUGUAUUUGUUGAACAAAAAUUGAAUAACUCGUCCUUCCAGCAUCUCUGUGAAGUUCACCCUGUCAAAACCUGUAUGCCAUGUCCUCUUUUCAUUUUCUAUCUGUUAAUUUCCUGAACCUUAUUUGUCUUUGAACAGUAGUUAACACACAAACGGCUAUUUUGAGAGGGAAAAAAAAUGGGAAUAAUUUGGGGAUCUAUUUUAUUACCCUUGUUGUUACGGUUUACAGUAGCCCACAUUUUCGUAGAUGCUUAUGUUAUGUCAAGCUCCACAACAGAUUGUUAUGAACAUGUAUUCGCCUUACGCUCCUGAUUACGGUCUACCUGUGUUGCAGAUUUGUGCAGUUUUGUAUCCUGGUGAUGCCACAGAGAACGGAAAGAUAUUGCGGCUGAAGCAACAAUUUUUCCUUUGUAGUGCCUCCAUUCAGGUACAUAAUCAUUCCUAUGUUUGUCUCCCCUCUAAUGUCACGCUACCAUCUUCCUUUUAGUUAUGUAUCUAUUUUUAGAGGUGCACACCCUCCUUCUCCUAAGAGUUUUAUUUAUUAUUUAUGUUUGCAAGUUUUAAUUGGUUUUGUGAGGUAUAAUGAACCCAUGAAAUGGAUACGUAACUAAGAGAUUGUUCUAUCUGAGGAUGGAUUCAGUAAUAUAAAGUCAAAACAGACUAUUUCAUUUGGCACCACGCUAUCAUGAAAACAACAGGAAGUUUCUUUUUUCCAUUUUUAGAUCAACUAAUUUUCAAAACAAUAGUUUAUUUUCACUUAGCAUACGUGUAUUGGCCGAAGAAGCACACCAUUAAAUGGUACAAAGAAAAUCAAUCUGAUACAAAAGAAAUCUGAUGAAAUCUGGAUACAAUACUUGGUUGAGAACUUCGAAAUUUAGAACACUGGUUUGAAAAGAACUAAACGUUGCUGAUGAAAAGACUACAAAUUUCUGUGUCCUUUUUUAUUUGAUUACUUCUAAUUCCCUCCAACUCUCUGUCGAAAACUCAAAGAUCAGCCACUUGCUUCUAUGUUUGGAUAUGUCUUGGCGUGACCGUUGGGAAACGAUGAUAAAUUUAAAUGAUAAUUCUUUAAUAAAUUGUUCACAUCUCUCAGAUCAGAUCACAUGGGCCAUGUAGCAUUCGUGUUUCACAUGCAGCCAUUGAAUGUGAGUAGAGCAGAGAGUUUGAGCUUCACAUGUGGGCUUAGAAUUUUAACUGCUGAUAUUUUUUCAGUUUAGAGUUUUUAUGGUUUCAAAAUAGGAAGCCUGCAUCUCUAUAAAGUGGUAUAUGCACAUACAUUGAAAGUUUGGGAUAUCCCAUUAAAUAUACGUCUAGUCCUUAAUUUUCGUAUGGACUAUCGAGCUGAAACAUGAAACAAAAUCUUCGAACAUACAAACUCCGUUACCUUCUGUUAUCCUGAAAUAUCCACUUUUAUUCCAUUUUUUAUUCUUUUUAUAUGUCUUUUUGUAUUUUUCUCCUAAAAAUUCCUGGUCUAUGGUGCGCUUUCCCCCAUAAAGAUGUUACUUGGUGUGGCUCAGUGUCCUAGUUUUUUUUACUUGUCAUGAUAUCUGGGGCUUCGUUUUUCCCUGCAUCUUUCUCUAUAUCUGUUGAGAUUUACCAGAUACGUGAAUCACUGGUUUUCCUCCGCUAACAAAAACCAGAGGAACAUCUUGUCGUUUUGAGGAGCUCAUGGUCGAAAGCGGGGACCUCCUUUAAUAGAGGAGCUUUACUUAGCGUGACACAGCUACCUAUGCCGAUAUGUAUGUGUACAGGAAUGAGUGCGGGUUUCCUGGUGCUUUCCGGGAAAAGACAACGCACUGAAAUCUGGUGAUCCAGAGUCAUAUCUUCUUAGAUUAUACUAUUUUUUCCUUGAAAAAGAAAAGAUUUCAUUGCGUGUUGGCUCUGUUAUAUGAUAUUUUCUUUUAUUUAUAAUAUGCUUAAGAUCUGUCGAUGAAGAAUUUUUCUCAAGUUGUAUAAGCCUAAGCACAGGAAGCAACCUUUUGCUUGUAAAUGAUGAUUUCUAAGUGUCGUUCCCACAGGAUAUUAUUGGUAGAUUCAAGGAGAGGAGAUGUGGAAAAGGCCAGAUACAGUGGUCUGAAUUUCCUACUAAGGUUGCUGUUCAACUGAAUGAUACUCAUCCAACCCUUGCAAUUCCGGAGCUGAUGCGGUUAUUGAUGGAUGAGGAAGGACUUGGAUGGGAUGAAGCUUGGGAUUUGACAAGAAGGUUUCUAAUGUUCUUUGAUGCGAUUUGUUUCUGUGCAAACAUCGGUGUUUCAACAUUUUCCAAACUUUUGGGCCAUUUUAAGCCAAAUUUAAUUGAUAUCUGAUAUAUACCGUAAGAUUGUUUGCAUUAUGAAUUUUGAUUCUCCUGCACCAGGACAGUUGCAUAUACCAAUCACACUGUACUGCCUGAGGCACUGGAGAAAUGGUCGCAGGAAUUAAUAACAAAGCUUCUCCCACGUCAUAUGGAAAUCAUAGAUGAAAUUGACAAGCGGGCAAGCAUCUUAUCCUUGCCUCUUUGUUAUACUUUACAACCUUUUUAAAAACCAAGUGAUUAAGGGUGAUUUGUAUCCUUCACAGUUCAUAAUUAUGGUACGUUCUACACAACAAGAUAUGGAGAACAAGCUUUCCAGCAUGCGCAUCAUGGAUUACUCUAAUACAGAGAAGCCUGUUGUGAGAAUGGCCAAUCUGUGUGUAGUUUCCUCACAUACGGUAAGGGGAAAAAAACUGGCCUAUCGUGUGCUGCUUUUCAAGGAUUAAAAUAUUGUUCUUUGAGACAAUAGAUUUUACAUGAAUUAUUCUGAAUAAUUAUUUAUUCGCAGAAAUUUGUGCUUCGCAAAAAAAAUGAUAGAAUUUUUAUAUUAAAAUUUUAGAAUCCAGAGAUCUUCCGUUUGAAAAGUUUUUCUUUUGCAAUGAUAAUCGAGUAUUCCUGUAAAAUAGUUGAAAGUAUCUUUUUUUCUUUCUUUCUUUGAGGUAUUAUUGAUGGCUAUUGGUAUAUUUUCAUCCUCCUAAUCAAAGAGGGAAGCAAAUCACCGAAAAAAGUCAAUCCCAGGAAGUCAUCCAUUGAUUUUGUCAUGGUCUUUGAUUUAUGUUUUCACUUCGAAUUCAAUAUCUCAGUGUUACGCUUAUGAUAGGCUAGAAAUCAGAUACUUUGAUUUCAUUUAGAUGUAACUAUGUGAUGUAAAUCCUUGGACAACGGUGUAGCUGUGUUUCACAAUUUCAUUUAAGACUUAUGCGAGUCAUUCACUGUCCCACAUUAAUGAUUCUGGUAUUAAUGCCUUGAAUGUCUUUUCAUGAAAUUUUUUCAGGUAAAUGGUGUUGCAGAACUGCACAGCAACAUUCUAAAGUCUGAGUUGUUUGCAGACUAUGUCUCCUUAUGGCCUAGCAAGUUUCAGAAUAAAACAAAUGGCAUCACUUCUCGCCGAUGGCUUCGUUUCUGUAACCCUGAAUUGAGUGCCGUAAUCACCAAGUGGCUGACUACUGACGAAUGGAUCACUGACCUUGAUCUUCUUACUGGGCUACGUAAAGUAUGCUGAUGUAUCUUUGGUACUCUAUUUAAUGAUCUGCUCAUAUGUUACACCAGUAUACUCAGUGUUUUUUUAAUAGUUUGCUGACAAUGAGGAACUUCAAGCUGAAUGGGCAUCAGCAAAAAUGGCUAACAAACACCGCCUGGCAAAAUACGUCUCCCAAGCGACUGGUGUGAGGAUCGACCCCAAUAGCCUUUUCGACAUACAGGUUAAGCGUAUACAUGAAUAUAAGAGGCAACUACUGAACAUUCUUGGAGUGGUCCAUAGAUACAAGAAACUGAAGGUAUAAACAGAUCCCAUUUUGUUUUGAUCAUCGAGCUUUUAUCUAUGGUAGGAUCCUACUCAAACUUUUACUUUGCAGAUAUUGUGUGAUAGGGCAUGGAAGGCAUGAUGGAAUGUCAAAUAAAUCAAUGUUGUAUAAAUAUAUGGAUAGAUUAUAACAUGUUUUACCCAGACUGUCUCAUAAGUGGGAGGAAUCUUCUCUGCUAAAGUUUUGUUCUAUUGCGCUCUGUGCAAUUCUGCUUAAAACUGUGAUUAUUGAAAAAAAAAUGUUUGAAGGAAAUGACCCCUGAAGAAAGGAAAGGAACAACACCACGCACCAUCAUGCUUGGGGGAAAGGCAUUUGCCACAUAUACGAAUGCUAAAAGAAUAGUCAAGCUGGUGAAUGAUGUCGGCACUGUAGUCAACAAUGACUCUGAAACAAGUGACCUUUUAAAGGUAUUGAUUCUUCCUUGUAUCACCGCAAUACCCUUACUGUAGUUAAUUUGUACUUAGACUCCAUUUUUAUUUGACAAAAAUAAACUUAAGCUGUGCCCUAAAAUAGAAUCUGGCAUCUGUAUAUUAUUUCCUUCAUUACUGGCAUAAAUACUUCAGCAUUUGGUGAUUUAAAAUUCAAAAUUUUGGUUUUCUUAUAUCGUUUUACCAUGGACAUUUUUCAAUUAUUUUUUGUAUAAAAACACUAAGAAAACGACUAUGAUUUGAUAUCAUCGUAGCCAUCGGACCCUUCUUGAUCACGAGUGACUUCAAGUUGGUGGCCAAGCAUUACAGUAUCUGAACUAAGUUGUGGUGGUUCUGUCGACCCUUGAACUCGUCGUCCACAUUGAAUGCCUGGUGUAGUCGACCAAUUUUGAGUAUUUUCAUAAAUGGGAGUUCCCCGGGGUUAUCUAUGUCAGAUUCCGUUCUGAAACUGGAUAUCAAUAGAUAUCCUGUUGUUCCUCCUACGCCUACUAGAUACUAUCCUGUGUGUCAGUUUAUGAGUCUGUGGCAGUGGCAGUGCCAGUUGACACCUCCAUAUCACUCGAUCGAAAUUUCAGGUUUUACCAAGUAGAUGAACAGGUUUCUUUAAAAAUCAUUAUCAUUUCAAGACGAAUCUCUCCUGUGACCCCCAUGAAAUGUUUCCAUAUUUUAUAUUAGAUCUCGGCAUAUUUGACUCUAUUCACCCAAAAUAGGCUUCAGUAUGUGCGAUUACGGCCAGAGACUUUUCCUUUGACUCGACCAGGAGUGAAAUGACUGUUCACCAAACCGGGACGUGGUUAUCUUCCUCUGUAAAAUCACAAAAUAUUACUGUUUCACUUGGUAUGACACUAGGUCGAGGUCUAGGCCUCGGAAGAUUUUCUCUGCCUCCGUGCUUGCUUAUAGGCAUCUUCUCUGACUGAGAGCACCUAGAGGUGUUGUCCUCGUGGACGGUUAGGCGAGGAAGAGUCCCUUGGUGUCGAUGAUUAUCUAUCAAUGUUGCCAUUAAAAAAUUCGUCUUUCCCUAGCUUCCAUUUUUCCUUUUCUGUAUAUAUUUGAUCGGUAGUAGUCACCUGCUAAUCAACCCCGGGAGGGGAGCAGGUCAUCUUCAUUCCAAACUACAGCGUCUCCGUCGCGGAGAUGCUCAUCCCCGGGAGCGAGCUGUCCCAGCACAUCAGCACGGCUGGGAUGGAGGCGAGCGGGACCAGCAACAUGAAAUUCGCCCUGAAUGGCUGCAUGAUAAUCGGAACCCUUGACGGCGCAAAUGUUGAGAUCAGAGAAGAGAUUGGGGAGGAGAACUUCUUCCUCUUUGGCGCCAGGGCCGAGCAGGUCCCUGUGCUCCGCAAGCAGAGAGAAGACGGACUGGUGACCAUCCCUCAGCCUUCCCUUGCUACAGCCCUCCGCCAUGAUUAUUGUUGUUCUUCGAUCGCCGUCAUGACCUCUUUUCUGCGCCGUGCCGCCGUCUUCGCAGUUCAAGCCAGACCCCCGCUUCGAGGACGCGAAGAAACUCAUCAGAGACGGUGCCUUUGGCAGCUACGACUACAGCCCACUGCUGGAUUCCUUGGAAGGCGACUCUGGGUACGGGCGGGGCGACUAUUUCCUCGUCGGCCACGACUUCCCCGGCUACAUCGCCGCUCAAGCCGCGGUGGACGAGGCAUACAGGUGCUCCUCCAUCUGCUCUUUCUCUCUGUGCCUCCUCCGCGUUUGCUCUCUAAUGGUCUCACCGCUCCUCCUCCCAUCCUCCUCUUCUCUUCUCUGCUUGAACAGGGAUCGAACGAGGUGGCUGAAGAUGUCCAUCUUGAGCACCGCCGGGUGCGGCAAGUUCAGCAGCGACCGCACCAUCUCGCAGUACGCCAAGGACAUAUGGGGCAUCGGCGAAUGCCCGGUUCCAUAA